AUAUAUAGAUCCUAUCCAGAGCGAUGCCUCGCUCUGAAAUUAAAGUGCGAGGCUCCUUUCCUAGCCCUUGGAUCAAUUUACUUAAAUCUAAUGGACCAUAACUCAUCUCUCUUAACCAAGGUUAAAACCCACGGGUUAACAAAUAAGAAAAAAAAAAAAAAAAAAAAAAACCAAACGCACAAUUCUAGGUUUUCCACGCUCAAGACGUCUCAUCCUCUUCUCCUCUACCGUGGUCGAUCUUCUCCUCUGCUGUGCUCUUCUCAUUCAAGACGUCUCAAUAACAGGAAUGGAGUCACAACAAAGUUUCGAUGACACUGCUAUCUAUUGUCCUCAAGUGAAGGUUGAUCUGAUUCCUGUAAAGAACCAAGAAUUUCAUACACUAGAAGACGUUGAGACGUUUUACAAAAGCUAUGCAAAAGAAUCAGGGUUUGAUGUCAAAAGUUUUACUAGCGAGAAGAAGAAUGAUGUGAUUGUAAGAAAGGCGUAUGUGUGCUCUAAACAAGGAACAUCAAAGGUAACAGGAAAGAAAAGAAAUAGGAAUCGAACAAGAGUAAAUUGCAAGGCAAGAAUAGUAGUUGUAAGACGUGCUACGAUCGGCAAAUAUGUUGUCACUAUUUUUGAUGAGGGUCACAGCCAUCCUUUAACUACCCCACGAAGAAAACAUCUGACAAAGAUCCAUCGUGAGGUUUCAUCGAUUCAUAAAUCAUUAACGAAACAACUGACUGCAGUCAAUGUGCCAACAUGUACACAAUUUGACUUUCUUGGAGUGCAUUCAGGAGGAGUAGAAAACAUUGGGUGCUUGCAACAAGAUAUUUAUAACUACAAAAGGGAUUGUCGCAAAGAGGUGAAGGGACAUGAUGGAGAUAUGUUGCAUGAGUACUUCCUGUUGGAGAAAGAAAAAGAUCCUUCAUUAAUUUUCAAAAUAGAGGCUGAUAACGAGAACAGGAUCACACAUAUCUUUUGGGCUGAUGCAAUUUCUAGACGAUCUUACAAGUUUUAUGGUGAUGUUGUAAUAUUUGACACAACUUACAAUACCAAUAUGUAUUCGUUGAUCUUUGCACCUUUGGUGGGAGUAAAUAAUCAUGGGCAGACAAUAAUUUUGGCUUGUGCAUUCUUAAGCAAUGAGACAACUGAUUCUUUUGUUUGGUUCUUUAAAGAAUUUUUAGAUGCAAUGCCAGGUGAUGCUCCGAGGAUGAUUAUUACUGAUCAAGAUCCAGCAAUGACGAAAGCUAUCUCUGAAGUACUCCCACAGACAUUUCACAGGUAUUGUAGUUGGCAUAUUCUAAAUAAAUUCUCUGAAAAAAUAGACCCAGGAAAAUAUACUCGUUAUUAUGAUGAAUUUCAAGAUUGCAUAUGGAAUUCAGAAAAUAGAGAUGAGUUUGAUGCAAGGUGGACAUCGAUUGUUGUGAGUAGUGGUUUAAGUGACAAUGGAUGGUUAAAGACUAUGUAUGAUAUUCGGUCAACAUGGGUGCCUGCAUAUGUAAAUCAUAUCUUUUCAGCUGGGAUGUCAAGUAGUCAGCGAGCAGAAAGUGGGCAUGCUUUUUACAAGAGGUUUGUUUCUAAAGAAAACACAUUGUUAGAUUUUAUGGUUCAGUUUAAUCGGGCUGUCACACGUCAACGACAUAUGGAAUUAAUGGAGGACCAUGUUGACAUCAAUGAGAAGCCAAAUUUUCACUCACCCUUUGAGAUGGCAGACCAAAUGGCUCGUGUUUAUACACAUGAAUGCUUUAAACAAUUUUAUGAUCAGUUGUCGCAAUGUUGCAAUUAUAGAUUUGAGCUCUCACAUGAGAAUGAUACGUAUAUGGUGUAUGUUGCACUGAGAAAAAAAAUGGAGAACCCCAAGGGUCGUGAAAUUAUUUAUGCUAAAGAGUCAGAUUUUGUAUCAUGCAGCUGCAAAAAAUUUGAGACGGGCGGGAUACCAUGUAGACAUAUUUUGGCAUUUCUCAUAUUUAUACGACUUGUUGAUAGAUUGCCAGAUCAAUACAUCUUAAAGAGGUGGACGAAAUCAAGAAAAGCUGAGACAGUUCUUGAUGAUGUCGGUGUGGAGAUAACAGAUAAUAGAGAUUUGCUUGCCAGGCGGAGUCGGUUAUGCCAAUAUGCUGUAGAUGUAAUUGAUAAGAUUAUGGGUAGCGAAGAAGCAAGUGAUUUGUUUGUAGAUUCAUUAGAGAGUGUUCUGGAGAUGUAUAAUUCCAUGAUGUCUGAUGGUGAGACUGUUAAGUCUGCAAUAGUGCCAGCUGAACAAAAAAGUCUUCCUUCUCAACACAUUUAUAAUGAACCUAUUCAAGUAAGGGCCAAAGGAUGUGGGAAAAGAUUGAAGGCAGGGAAAGAGAAGGGCAGAUUGAAAGCUGCAAAGAAGGCAAAUGGUAAAGGUAGAUUUUGUCAUGGAUGUAAAAAAAAUGACCAGCAACAUGAUAAAAGAAAUUGUCCUGAGUUGAAGAAUAAAAAUGACAUAUCAAGUCCUCAAACUGGAGAGGAUACAAGUGACCCAAGUACGGAUGAGGAAGAGUAUUCCAACACAGGAGUUGAUGAGUCUGCGUAGCAAGCCGAGCAUGAUUGUCCAAAAUUAUUUGUCAUCCCUUGUCGAUUUUGUUUGAUUAUGCACUCAUCUGCAAUGCUAAACAAUUUUCUCAUGUAGGAUUGUUUAAUUUGUAACUAUUGUUACUGUUCAGAGAUG